GAGUUUUUAAGUUCCUAACUGUCUUCACCACCUUGCUGGAUUCAUGAUGAGUUUCAAAAUUUUCUUUAUUUUUCUCACCAGCAAGUUGAGAGACUAGUAGGAUAAGAUAAGACUUAAAGGUAGGUAAAGAUAGUGCACAUUUUGGGACCUCUGGCAGCCAUUGAUGAUCUUGUAGAAUUAUAGCAAGUCUGAGAAAACAAAAAAGAAACCUUUCCAUUCUUGAUCUUGUCAGGAUUACAGCAUUAAUGGAGAAUUCAGAGAGCAAUGCAAAUAUGGUAGUCUCGUCCGAGACACGUAUGAAACCAGCACCUGAGCUUGAAAAUAUUGCAGAAGAGGUGAACGAUUCUCCAGUUGAGCAAGUGAGACUCACCGUCCCAAUCACUGAUGAUCCAACAUUGCCUUGCUUGACAUUCAGAACAUGGUUUCUGGGGAUCAUGUCAUGCGGCGUUCUAGCUUUCUUGAAUCAGUUUUUUGGUUAUCGCCAAAAUCCGCUGUAUAUAUCAUCAGUUUCAGCUCAAAUUGUUGUACUUCCAAUCGGGAGGCUAAUGGCAGCAACUCUACCGACACGAAAAUUCCAUUUUCCAAAAACAAAAUGGUCCUUUUCACUCAACCCUGGACCCUUCAACUUGAAGGAGCAUGUUCUCAUCACAAUAUUUGCAAAUUCUGGUUCUAAUUCUGUGUAUGCAGUCGGGAUCAUCACUAUAGUCAAGGCUUUCUAUCACCGUAAUCUCAACCCACUUGCAGCCAUGUUGCUUACACAAUCUACCCAGUUGCUUGGAUAUGGAUGGGCUGGUCUUUUUCGAAAGUUUUUGGUUGAUUCACCAUAUAUGUGGUGGCCUGCCAAUCUGGUUCAAGUCUCCCUCUUCAGGGCAUUGCAUGAUGAAGAAAAGAGGCCAAAACGUGGGUUGUCAAGGCUGCAGUUCUUCCUGAUAGUCCUCAUAUCAAGCUUCUCAUACUACAUAGUUCCCAAUUAUCUAUUUCAAUCCAUUACAGCAAUCUCUUUUGUUUGCUGGAUAUGGAAGGAUUCUGUCACAGCUCAACAAAUUGGAUCUGGUCUCCGUGGCCUUGGAAUUGGAGCAUUUGGUCUUGAUUGGGCUACUGUGUCUGCUUUUCUUGGAAGUCCCUUGGCCACUCCUGGAUUCGCCAUCAUGAACAUACUGGCUGGCUAUAUAAUAAUCGUCUACAUAGUGAUUCCCAUUGCUUACUGGAAUAACUGGUAUGAAGCCAAACGUUUCCCAAUCUACUCCUCUCAUGUGUUUGAUGCUUAUGGAGAACCAUACAACGUUUCGAGAGUCUUGAAUGCCACCACCUUCUCAUUCAACAAAGAAGGCUAUAACGAUUAUAGCAAGAUCAACCUUAGCAUAUUUUUUGUAUUCGCUUAUGGUCUAAGUUUCGCUACAUUGGCUGCCACACUCUCUCAUGUUGCACUCUUCCAUGGCAGAACGAUUUGGGAGCAAACAACUGCAUCAUUUAGAGACCAGUUUGGGGACGUCCAUACUAGGCUGAUGAAGAAAAACUAUGAUCCAGUCCCACAAUGGUGGUUCCACUCUCUGCUGGUAUUGGUGAUAGGACUUGCUUUGCUAACUUGUGAGGGUUUUGGCAGGCAACUACAACUCCCUUACUGGGGAGUCAUUUUAGGAAUUGGUUUGGCUAUGGUCUUCACACUGCCAAUAGGUGUCAUCACAGCUACAACGAACCAGCAACCGGGACUAAAUGUCAUUACCGAGUUGAUUAUCGGUUACAUUUACCCUGGGAAACCACUUGCCAACGUGGCCUUCAAAACGUAUGGCUACAUAAGCAUGUCACAAGCCAUCAUGUUCCUCCAAGAUUUUAAGUUAGGCCAUUAUAUGAAAAUCCCACCAAAGUCCAUGUUCAUUGUACAGUUGGUAGGGACGGUAGUUGCAUCCUCCAUCUACUUUGCAACAUCAUGGUGGCUCCUCACGACAGUGGAAUACAUCUGUGACCCCAGUAAGUUGCCUGAAGGAAGCCCAUGGACUUGCCCAGGAGACGAUGUUUUCUACAACGCCUCAAUCAUAUGGGGAGUGGUCGGACCUCAACGGAUGUUUGGAAAUCUUGGGCUAUACAACAAAAUGAACUACUUCUUUCUGUUGGGAAUUCUUGCACCAGUACCAGUCUGGUUUCUUGCUCGUAAGUUUCCUGAGCAAAAAUGGAUUAGGCUCAUAAACAUGCCGAUCCUUAUAUCUGGACCAGGAGGGAUGCCACCAACUAGAGCUGUAAACUACAAUAUGUGGUUUGCUGUGGGAAUUUUCUUCAACUUUGUGGUGUAUAAGAAGUUCAAGGGUUGGUGGGCAAGGCACAACUAUAUUCUAUCAGCUGGGCUUGAUGCAGGAGUUGCAUUCAUGGCUAUCCUUUGCUAUUUCGUGCUACAGAUAAAGGAUAUCAAUGGACCAAUGUGGUGGGGUAUGGAGAUAGAUGAUCACUGUCCCCUAGCUACCUGCCCAACUGCUCCUGGUAUGAAGGCUGAUGGAUGUCCUACAGUCCAUUGACACCCUAUCUUACAUACUAUCUUGAUUAAUUUGCAUUGGUACAAAGAUUAGGAGUACAAAACUACCACAAGCCUGCUUCACAUACGAACAUAUUACAGUCAUUAGUAUGACAAAUACAUGUAAUUUAACUUCCAUUGAUCAAAGCUCAAUGGAAGUACCCAAGUAAAGUCCUUUCUUUGACC